AUGGAAUUCCUCAUAAUUCUCUUUCCAUUACUCGUUUUCAUUUACGUGCUAAUCGCUCUGCACAUAUCUCGAAACCAGAAAUCCAUCAUCCCUAAACAUUGGCCGUUUCUUGGCACGAUACCAGCGACCCUUGUAAACGCCCACCGACUCCAUGAUUACACCACCGAUGUUCUGGCAUCUAGUGGUGGUACCUUCGUGUUCAAAGGCUCUUGGUUAUCCGCCAAGAAUAAGCUUUGCACCACAAACCCUUUAGACAUCCAUCACGUUUUGAGCAAGAACUUCACUAAUUAUCCGAGAGGCCAAAAAUUUCGUAACGUAUUUGAUAUCCUUGGAGAUGGAUUCUCCAAUACUGAUGGAGACUUAUGGGAGUUCCACCAUAAAACCAUCUUGUCUCUCUUAAAGUCCCCUUGUUUUCAAACCCUCUUAGAAGAGACUAUUUGGAACAAGGUGGAAAGAGGGUUACUGCCUGUACUUGAUUCCUUUUCCAAACAAGGGUUGGAGAUGGAUUUGCAGGAAAUAUUUCAGAGGUUCGCUUUUGAUACGAUAUGUAAAUUGCUCUUCGAUGAUGACCCUAAAAGCAUGUCACUCGAGUUUCCUUAUAUUCCAUGCGAGAAGGCUUUGUCGGAGAUGGAAGAAGCGAUUUUGCAUAGGUACAUCAUGCCCCCAAGCUUUUGGAAACUGCAACAACUACUUAAAAUAGGGAAUGGGAAGAAGCUGAAUGAUGCUUGGAAAACCCUUGAUCAAUUUAUAUACAAGUGCUUAGCUGUAAAACAGAAGGAGUUCAGUAAAUUGCUCAAUAAUAAACUUCAAGAGGAAAAAUUCAAAUUAUCAACGGCUCUCUUGAGAGAGUAUAAAGACAAAAGUGGGACUUCUGGGGAUGCCAACAAGUUUUUGAGAGAUACGUUAUUGAAUCUGAUGGUUGCAGGAAGAGACACCACCAGCAGCACUCUCUCUUGGUUCUUUUAUCUUCUUGCCAAAAACCCGAUUGUCGAAGAUAAGAUUCGAGAAGAGCUUCACACACAACUGGAGAUGGAGAUGGAGAUGGAUAUGGCUGGGAAUUUGAAAGAUCUAUACGGAGUAGAGUUGUGCAAACUAGUUUAUCUUCAUGGUGCAUUAUCUGAAGCCCUAAGGCUAUUCCCUCCUAUUCCAUUUCAACACAAGACUCCAUUAAAACCUGAUAUCCUUCCAAGCGGCCAUCAAGUUGAUGAGAGUACUAUAGUGAUCCUAUCUUAUUAUGGCAUGGGAAGGAUGAAAUCGAUAUGGGGGGAGGAUUGCAUGGAAUUUAAGCCCGAAAGGUGGGUUUCGACGAGUGGAAGGAUUAAACAUGAACCAUCUUACAAAUUCCCCGCGUUUAAUGCUGGACCCAGAACUUGCUUAGGCAAGCAAAUGAGUUUCACUCAGAUGAAGAUAGUGGCAGCUACGAUCAUAUACCGCUACCAUGUUCAUCUUGUCGAAGGUCACCUCGUGCUUCCAAGUGAAUCCAUAGUACUCCAGAUGAAGAAUGGUUUGAAAGUGAGAUUAACUAAAAGACGUGAAGUAAAAAUGUGA